UUCUUCGGACCAUUCGCCGUGCAGACCUUGACCGAGCAGCAUCACCUCACGAAGACUCAACAGGUUCGUCGCGCUCUAGGACGACCAAGUCUCUGGCGCACGUGACGUUAAGGGUUGUGUGUGUCAUAUCAAUUUGGUGCAACUUUUUAAUCUCAACUCAAGAGGGGCAAGAACUCUCAACCGGUCGCGUGAUUGGCAUUUGUGUGUGUUUGAAGUGAAGUGUGAAAACUUUCAACAGCAAAGGUGUGUAAAUCGCAACAAGCAAAAAAAAAAAAAACGAAAGAAAGAAGAAAAUUGGCGUAGCGGAUUAGCCGGUGUGCGCUAAGUAAGAACCAGAAAUUGAAAAACAAAUUGGAUUAGCUGCGAAAGUGGUGCGAACAGGCUCAGGAAAAAAAUAGAUAAAAAUAUAAAGAUAUAGGCGAGAAGAGCGCGGAGCGAGGAAAAAUCAACAAAUUCGCAUCGUAAAAAGAGGCGCAACGUAUCGCAUUAUCUGUGGACUGGACCUGGAACCCGGCCAAGACAACAUACUUAAGUCUUAUUGAGAACGUUGCGCGUGAUUUUUUUUUCUGUUGUUCACUCUCCCGUGGUCGUUUUAAGCAAAUUGCUUUAUAUUGAUAGUGCUGUGCGGGUGCAAAAAAAGUAAGAAACGUGCUCCGACGAUGAAGCUGGCGUGGCUGACGAUCGUCGGCGGGUGCUUUGUUGGCAUGGUGACCGCAAGAUCCAGUGCCAAAUUGAACCCCAAGGAAGCGGCUGGAGGCGGUGGUGGAGGAGGAAAUGGGGGAGGCCGCCCCUCCCUGACCACGUACGAUCAGCGCCAGACGGGGAAGUACAACAUCCAUGUGAACAUCAAAGACGUGAAAAUCAUCUCGGUCGAUGGUGAGAAAUUCGACGGCGAAUUUGGGGAUGACACGAUUUACGACUAUGGGGACUACGAUUACGACCCGUCGCACCUGACCAUUAGUCCGCUUCCGAUAUUCGGCAGUGGAGCUUCCUCAACGACUGCGAAGCCCCCUAAAUCAACGACCAAGACGCCGGUUGCGAUCACUUCCACAAAACGACCAACUACAACUACGACAACCGAAGCUCCGUCAAUGGAAGAAGACGAAGAUUCGGUCGAGCCGAUGGAACCCCCCAAGAGACCAGUGAUCGCAGAGGACGAUCCCAUGAAAAUCGAAGCCAACCCAAGCUACCCGGUCCACAACUCCUCAUCGAACCAAAUCCUCCACGCCCCCCUCGGAACGACCACGCCCCCGCCCAGCAACAUCUACAUCUUCAAGCCAACGCCCAACUACCACCCGCAUCCGGUCCACUACGACUACCAGGAGAUCCCGGUCGAGGUCAUCGUAGAACCCGUGCUCAAGCCCAAGUAUCGCAACGCCAACUCACGCAUCAGUGCCACCGGCCCGAACCGCCGCAAUCGCUACCGGAAGAAUCCAGCAUCGGCAGGCCCUAUGGACUCCAUGUCCCGGCACAGCCACUCCAACAUCGAGGCACUGCCCAGCAAUGAGGCGGUGCAACCGCAACAGGCCGCUCCGCUGGAGGCCACACCGUGCACCAAGGGCGAGUUCCUCGACCGGUCGGGCAAGUGUCGCACGCGAAGGUCCGGCGGAGGAAUACAGAUUCAGGCUACUUAAUCUGCUGACUGCCUUCAAGGAGAAGGACGACUGAUCACGUUUUAAAAGGUAGAGGUCCCAAGAGACCAACUGAUGAUCUACGCAUCGCGAUGAACGUGUGUGUGUGUUUUUUUUAAAAUAGCAUAUAUGAUGAUAAUAAUUCUAGAGAACAUAAAACUGCAUUUUUUACUACGAUUUAGUGAAUACACAACAAUAUAUGUAAGAAUAAAGAAAGGAGCAGUGAAAU